UUUGUGUGAGCGUGCAUCGGUGGCACUGUGUGUUAGCGCAUGUCGGGGAGACAGCAGACCCAGACGAGAGAGAACGAGUGGGAGACAAAAAGCAUUCUCUCUGCACACAGACAACCAAGAAUCAUUCUGCCUGCUGUCAAGGAAGACUAGUACCGGAUAUUUAAAAAAAAGUAACAAAGGAAAUAGACUCAAGAAAGCGAGAGCGAGGAAAAACUGGACUGCCUAAGACGAGGAAUAUUCUAUCACUCACUCACUCACGUGUGUGUGUGUGUAUAUACAGUCACACACACACAGCAGACUUCUAUCGGUGAAGCCAGCAAACUCACUCACACUCUCAGACAGUAAAAAAAGGAGGAAGCUGCCUGGAUCUUGCCAAAGAGGUGUGUGUGCAGCGAGAGGAGAAUGGAGGAGGGCUCGGUGUCUGUGGCCCCAGCAUGCAACUCUACGACCACCAACGCGGUGCUGAACAACCACUGCGCCGAUGACAGUAUCUCAGCGGCGAGUGCGUCUGACGUGCAGGACCGUCUGUCGUCUUUGGAGCUGCGUGUCCAGCAGCAAGAGGAUGAGAUCACCGUGAUGAAGGCGGCGCUGGCCGACGUUCUGCGACGCCUGGCGCUCUCCGAGGACACGGCCACCACCGCCAAGAAACAGACUAGCACCAAAGGCCAGACUCCCAUGCGCGAGGCCUACUCUAUGUCCUGCAUCGCCAACGGCAGCUCCAGCAGCCGCAAGCCCAGCCACAGAGACCGAGACAGCUCCACAGUUUCCGUCACCAGGAAGGAUACCUUCUCCUCAGCUGCCAAGAGCGGUCAGACAGCGGAGAGGAAAAAGGACAAGCCUCAGAUGGAGGGCAUCAAGGAGAAGGAGGAGGGGCCCUCCCAGCCCAACCAGGCUAACGAUAAACCCUCCUCUGCCAGCCCCGUACAGCCCUCUCCGUCCCCCUCCGUCUCCAGCCACCCCCCCUCACCCCACCCCCCUCAGUCCCAAAGGCAGGCCCCGGAGAGCAAGGGCACCUCCCCAGCCAAAAGGGGUCACAGUGCGAAGCGAGGCACGGGAAUGGAGCGUUCACAGAGUAGUACCUGGGAGAGUGGUGAGGAGAGCAGGAACAAGCUGGUGAAGGCUGCUUCCACCUCCAAACUGCUGGCCAAGGUGGUGAAGAACGCAGACAAGCAUAAAGACCCAGUGAUCAGCCAAGCCAAAAUGUCAACCCGUGAGAAAAACAGCCAAGCAGAGGGAGAUUACAUCAAGAUGUUCAUGCGAGGUCGCCCCAUCACUAUGUUCAUCCCCGCGGACGUGGAGAACUAUGAGGACGUGCGCACAGAGCUGCCUCCUGAGAAACUCAAACUGGAGUGGGUGUAUGGCUACAGGGGGAGAGACUGCAGAGCCAACGUGUACCUGCUCCCUACAGGGGAGAGUGUAUACUUCAUAGCCUCCGUGGUCGUGCUCUUCAACUACGAGGAGAGAACACAGCGCCACUACCUUGGCCACACUGACUGUGUCAAAUGCCUUGCCGUUCACCCCGAUAAGAUCCGCAUUGCCACGGGACAGAUUGCGGGAGUGGACAAGGACGGCCGGCCGCUGCAGCCCCACGUGAGGGUGUGGGACUCUGUGAGCCUGUCCACCCUGCAGGUCAUCGGCCUGGGCACGUUUGAGAGAGGGGUGGGCUCCCUGGCCUUCUCCAAGGCGGACUCCGGUACACACCUGGCGGUGAUUGAUGAUUGUAACGACCACAUGUUGACUGUCUGGGACUGGCAGAAGAAAUCCAAAAUUGCUGAAAUCAAGUCUACAAAUGAGGUGGUCCUUGCGGUGGAGUUCCACCCUACUGAUGCCAACACCAUAGUAACCUGUGGCAAGUCACACAUCUUCUUUUGGACCUGGGCUGGCACCUCGCUGGCACGCAAGCAGGGCAUCUUCGGGAAAUACGAGAAGCCCAAGUUUGUUCAGUGUCUGGCCUUCCUCAACAACGGAGACAUCCUGACUGGAGACUCUGGAGGCGUCAUGUUGAUAUGGAGCCGGAGCACAGUGGAGCCGGCCCCAGGGAAAGGCCCCAAAGGUGCGUACCAGAUCAGUCGUCAGAUCAAGGCCCAUGAUGGCAGUGUGUUCACUCUGUGUCAGAUGAGGAACGGGACCCUGCUGACCGGAGGGGGCAAGGACCACAAGAUCAUCCUGUGGGACCACGGCCUCAACCCAGAGAGGGAAAUAGAGGUCCCUGAUCAAUAUGGAACCAUUCGUGCUGUGGCUGAGGGCAAGGGCGAGCAGCUUUUGGUGGGCACGUCGCGUAACUUCGUCCUGAGGGGGACGUUUAAUGACGGCUUCCAGGUGGAAGUCCAGGGUCACACAGACGAGCUGUGGGGGCUGGCCUCUCACCCCUUCAAGGACCUGUUUCUCACCUGUGCCCAGGACAGGCAGGUGUGCCUGUGGAACUCUGUGGACCACUGCUUAGAAUGGACCAGGCUGCUGGAUGAGCAUGGACACUGUGCAGACUUCCACCCUAGUGGUGCUGUUGUGGCCAUCGGUACUCACUCAGGAAAGUGGUACGCUCUCGAUGCGGAGACCAGAGACCUGGUGGCCAUUCAUACAGACGGCAAUGAGCAGCUGUCAGUCAUACGCUUCUCCGUAGAUGGCACCCUGCUGGCAGUGGGAUCACAUGACAACUUCAUUUACCUCUACACCGUGUCGGACAAAGGACGCAAGUACACCAGAUACGGGAAGUGCAUUGGACAUUCCAGCUACAUCACACAUCUUGACUGGUCCCCCGACAACAAGUUCAUCAUGUCCAACUCAGGAGACUAUGAGAUCCUCUACUGGGACAUUCCAAAUGGCUGCAAGUACAUCCGUAACCGUUCUGAGUGUAAGGACAUUGACUGGGCCACCUACACCUGUGUGCUGGGCUACCAUGUCUUCGGAGUGUGGCCUGAGGGUUCCGAUGGCACAGACAUCAACGCCCUGAUCAGAUCCCACAACAGGAAGGUGAUCGCUCUGGCUGAUGACUUCUGCAAAGUGCACCUCUUCCAGUACCCCUGUGCCAGACCCAAGGCACCGAGCCACAAAUAUAGCGCCCACAGCAGUCACGUGACUAAUGUGACCUUCAUGCACAACGACAGUCACUUGGUGUCCACGGGCGGGAAAGAUACCAGUGUCAUGCAGUGGCGUCUGGUGGAGAAGACCCCCUCAUUGGUCCCCAGCGACUCUUCCCUCUCUCUGGGGGAGGGGCUCCUGCAUAACUCCAACCCCCGCGUCACCAUCCCAGCGGUGCCCCUGACGCCCACCCCCACCGAGCCGGCCGUGACACCAAUCGCAACCCAAACUCCGCCCUGCGUCCUCGACCUGACCUCUGACCCCCCAGCGGUGCCCUGCGGGGAUACGGCCAUCGUCACGCCUCCCCCACCACCCACCAAGCCCACGACCAAUGGACGGCAGGAGAGCUCCCCUGAAACCCCUCCCUCAUCCGGGAUGACCCCACCCCACUCAGAGUCUACCCCACCCCCCUCCCACAGCACGCUGAGCCCCAAGGACAGCCUGGACCCCAGCGAUGACACGGCCACUCCUAGCGACGAGGGCCGCCCUUUCACCCCACCCUCGUAAAGAGCGUCACUUGUGAUGCAGCCUAGUGCGCUCUCCUGCUCAGCACUCCCCCCUGGAGGCACCUCGAUGUCACUGCGUUUCUCAGGAGAAGCGCAGCAGGGUUCAAUAUUUGCUGUUCAGGUUUCCUUUGUUUUUCUUUUUAGUUUCUUUUCAUGCUCUUCUUUUUGUUUUGUUUGACGUCUGUGUUAAUUGGAUAAGAAUGGAGGGUGUAAGUGAGACAAGCAGUGAUAUUAGUGGCAGAUUUUUUUUCUUUUCGCUGUGACUCGGCCUUGUGUGAGGAGAGAAUGUUGUGGUUGUUCUGGGUCGUACGGUUAAGUCAAGUCUGCAGAUGAAAGCUCUGUGAGAGAGGGACACACAAGCACACAGACGUGCAAACACUAGCACUAAUACACAAAGACACACAAAAUCACACUCCAACAUCACUCCUUGAUCAGCCAAACAGAUGCAGGAUCAUUUACACAGUUCAAAUAUCAUUGUAAUGUUGCUAUCAUAGAUACUCAUAUAGUACUUGAUACCAAGUAUUACUUAUGUCUUUAUACACAAGUAUAUUAUGCUACAAGAGCCUAGUGCCUCUUCCCUGAGCCUAGCUAAUGCUAGGCAGGUACCCCUGGCUAAUGCUCACUCCCCAGUCCAGCCCUUUGUCAAUACUCAUCAUAUAGUCUUUAGGCUAUGUUACCAUAGAAACUUAAACCUAAUCCUAGCUCAAUAAUGCAACAACCUGCAAUAACACACCAUAGCAUACUGUGAGACCACACACAACCAGUUAUACGCAUGCAGCUAAUAGCACACACACUCCAUCAUUCUGGACUUUCAAUCAGGUGUGUGUGCGCGCGCGCCUGCAGACUGCUUCAUGGCAAUAAGCUGUUCUCUCUGGUAAGAGUCCCUGCAGGAAACUCAUCCAUCCAGCCUUGCUGUAAAGGCCAAAAAGGACUCUGAUGAAUAAUGGUCCAUAGGAUAUCCUGUGGCUCAUGGACAUUAUGACCACACUGAACCACCAGCGACACACGUACCCAGGUGACUCUCUCACCUGCUCGCCCCUACCUUAAACGUGCUACCAUUUUUUUAGCGUUUCUUUUCAUUUUUAUUUAGGAUUUAGACCUUUUUAAAAGCUCGUUCUGGGGAGUGUUCCUUCUCUGCUCUAUGGACUGAGAUGUUUUUAAGAUUUUUUUAAAAGUCUUAUGUGUGUGCGAGCUGCCGUUUACACGUGUCAUUCCGGAGGAGGGUUUGUCCAGCUCCCCCCCCCCCCCCCCCCCCCCCCCCCCAUUCUGCAGCAACUCAGGACAGGAUCACGCUCACAGGAAUACACAGCCAACAGAGAGCGAGAGAGACUCUUCUCUUCUACACAGUCUUAUCUUUAUCCCCUCGGUGGGAAUGCGCUGGUACAUUUCCACAGACAUGGCAUAGAGGGGAAGGAGAGAGAGAAAGGCUCUUCUGUUUUUCAGCUGGGAAUGGAGAGAGAGUGUUUUUUUUUUUUUUUAUGCCUGUCUAUGACUAGGGAGAGAUGGUCCAAUGCUUUCUAUGGCAAGGAAGACUGAAGAAAGGUGGAAAGGAUAUGUACUAAUGUGUAUGUGCUGCAAUGCACAGUAAAGGUUUAGCUAGUUAUACAGGAUUGAAUGAUGGAAGUAUUUUUCCAGGUUUGUCAUUAUCAGAAAGAAGAGCGAGGACUGUGUAAAAGGCACGUGGUGUAGAUUCAUCUUUUUUUAUAUAUAUAUCCUCUGUUGGUGAGAGAUGAGUGAGGGACUGUAAGUAAAGUGCAUGUCAGUGACGGUGUGGUAAGAUUGGUAGGUGGCAUUGACAGGGUUGUAGUGAGGAGGUAAAGAUAUUGGUAAUCCUAGUGAAAGACUGCAUGAGGGCAUGGUUGUAUCAGUGUUAUACAAAUGUUUUCUAACGUUGUCCUCAAAGAUGUAGACUUCCAGCUGGUCCAGCUGACUUCCAACUCUUUCUCUUUUUAUAAUAUAAUUGUCUGUUUUUUUUUGGUGUGUGUUUUUCGCAAAUCAACAGCUUGUGCAACAGGGAAUGCUUUAAUGUAGGUAGAUUUUGUCCUGUAGUUUUUGUCAUGUGGUUCUGUAGUUGUAGUGAACAUGGGAUUGCCUUCCCAGAAUGCUCUGCUUCUGAGUGCAUAGAACGUGAACACACUUGUUUAACCCCGUACAAUAUCUCAUGACCUCAGAAUACGCCUCCUACAAUGACAGGUAUCAAUGUAUGACUCAUACCCUAGGACAGGGGAGAAUGACUCGUACCCUAGGACAGGGGUGAAUGACUCGUACCCUAGGACAGGGGUGAAUGACUCGUACCCUAGGACAGGGGUGAAUGACUCGUACCCUAGGACAGGGGUGAAUGACUCGUACCCUAGGACAGGGGUGAAUGACUCAUUCCAUGGAGGGCCUAGUGUCUGCUGGUUUUUGUUUUUUCCUUUCAAUUAUGACCUAGACAACCAGGUGACGGGGGGUUCCUUACGGGUAGUCAGCGACCUUAAUUCACCAAUCAAGUAAAAUGGCUGAGCGAAAACCCACACACUCGGCUCUCAGUGGAAGGAGGUUGACACGUGCCGUAGGAUAUCUGGAGUCUCUCCAGAACGCUAAAACACCUGUUUUCAGGGCACCAUGUGGUCUUGCUAGAUCUUCCCAUCCAAUAAUUGUCCAUUUUGUACAUUCAGGUGUGGCUACUUUAUGUAUAUAAUGGUAUGCCUGUGUGUGUGUGUCUGGUUUAUUCAUUUUGAGAUUAUACAGGUAACUGCCAAAAUAAAGGAAACGCCAACAUAAAGUGUCUUAAUAGGGUUUUGGGCCACCACGAGCCAGAACAGCUUCAAUGCACCUUGGCAUAGAUUCUACAAGUGUCUGGAACUCUACUGGAGGGAUGCAACACCAUUCUUCCACGAGAAUUGCCUUCAUUUGUAGUUUUUUGUUGAUGACGGCGGUGGAAAACGCUGUCUCAGGCUCGCGCUCCAGAAUCAAUUGGGUUGAGAUCUGGGGAAUGAGACGGCCAUGGCACAGGAUUUGCAUUGUUUUCGUGCUCAUCAAACCAUUUAGUGACCCCUUGUGCCCUGUGGAAGGGGGCAUUGUCAUCCUAUGGGGGGGCAUAGCCAUGGUAGUCAAGAUAAUGGACAAAAUUAUACGUUACCCUAAGUAUAUGUUAAUUGCUUAAUUAACUCAGGAAACACACCUGUGUGGAAGUACCUGCUUUCAAUAUAUUUUGUAUCCCUCAUUUACUCAAGUGUUUCCAUUAUUUUGGCAGCUUCCUGUAGAUCCACUGAACCAUUACUCAGUGCUUUCUUUCACCACUAGGAGGCACACUGCAGCUCACCCACAGGCCAAGCAUGUACAUACAUAUGCAGUACAGUGUGGAAUAAUAGCUCUUUGAGUCCUCAUAAACUAUGGUCCCAAAUGUGCUCUUCUUCCCCUGGCAGGUGUUAUGGUGGGACAGUGAACUGGCUUUGAGAGUGCCUCCACCCGCAGUCUAUCUGGGGAUGUCGCUCCUCUUGUUGUUCAAGGAUAUUAAUGGCCAACUCAUCUCACCCCAUUUAGGCUCGGUAGUGGUCUGCCAAUCAGAGUCCUACAUCAGAUAUGUCCCUUGAAUGUUGCGCUGACGAAUUUCCUUGCCAUAGUGAGGGGAGUGGGGGGUGAGGUGAGUUUUGCCUAUGUUGGUUAAGGGGAGGGAAAUAUUUUCUUUUAAGGUAGGGAGGGUUAGUACGGUGUGGGAGAUGUGGACACCAGGGCAUCCUAUGUACUGGGCCCUGACAAGGAUCUGAUAUUUUUGAGAGACCGAGCGGUUCAUUUAUGUCUAUUCAACCAAUCCAUCUUUUGAGGGGAAUGUUUCUGAAGGGCUUGUACAGAAUCAUGUUUUCAAGUUAGAUGGGCUAGUAUCCAAAACACACAAAGGGAAGCGAGUUUAAACACAAAACUCCUUGACUGGUCUGAAACCUCAUCCCUGUGAAUGUAUGUCGAAGUGUCCUGGGGGGGUGUCUUCCCCCAAAGCUCCUCUGCAAAAUGGCUGGCACACCCAUGCCAAUCGUCCUAGGGAAAAUUGAGUGGGCAUAUAUGUGUGCCCACUCUGAUUAUCAAGUCUUUGGGUUGAGGGAGGGCAAGGACAGGUGCAACCUUUUGUGAUAUUCAGAAUAAACGGUCAUCACCACCCAUGAUGAUGGUGAUACUGAUAAUGACAAUGUUGAAAUGAUAUAAUGUUGGUAAGAUAUGACUGACAAAUGUUUCACAUGACAAUGUUUGAGCCAAUCUGUCUCUCAUGCAUUCCUGUCAAUAGACAGAAAAAUACUGAAGAUUUAAAAAUAAAAAUAAAUGGAAAUAAACAUCUCAAAAAAAGAAAA